GAAUGCACCGCGGUUUGCUUCCUCGAACAAAAAGCGGAAACAAAAUAAAUUAUACAUAUCUCAAAACUAAUUUUUGUGAGCUGAGCCGAGAAACGGGUAUACAACUGACAGUGUCCCGUCGUUACACCAUACAUUUGAAGCAGGGGGCUGACAUGGCUUUGAAAAGAAUACAGAAGGAGUUGCAUGACUUGCAAAGGGACCCUCCUGCUCAAUGCUCAGCUGGACCAGUUGGAGAGGACUUGUUUCAUUGGCAAGCCACCAUCAUGGGACCUACUGACAGCCCAUAUCAGGGAGGAGUGUUCUUCCUCACCAUCCACUUCCCUACAGACUAUCCCUUCAAACCACCAAAGGUAGCCUUCACAACGAAAAUCUAUCACCCAAACAUAAACAGUAAUGGUAGCAUCUGUCUGGACAUUCUGAGGUCACAGUGGUCCCCAGCACUUACAGUUUCGAAAGUUUUAUUGUCCAUAUGUUCUUUGCUAUGUGACCCAAACCCAGAUGACCCGCUAGUCCCAGACAUAGCACACAUCUACAAGCAGGACAAAGAAAAGUACAACAGAUUAGCAAGAGAUUGGACUCAAAAGUAUGCAAUGUAAAGGACUGAAGUUUGAGACAACGGAAAAAGCUUAAGCCAUUUCAUUUCCUGGACACCUCUGAAAACAAAGUACUGUUGCCACCCCUCAUCCACACUUGUUCAAGAAAGUGUUUUAUAUGGGAAGCACUUUCUAUGCCCAAAUUAACUGUUUUUAUGCUUUGAACUCAUUAUUUUCUUUGACAUUCCCAAUGUUAUAUAAAUUAUUAUUCAGUUAUGGCUGAGAUGGCCAUAAAGAUUUAAAAAUAUAUAUAUAUAUAUAUAUAUAUAUAUAUAUAUAUAUAUAUAUAUAUAUAUAUAUAUAUAUAUAUAUGAAUCAAGUCCACCCCCAUCCCUCAUCUUAUAGGUAAUUUUUUCUUUCUUUUAGAUAUUUUUAUUGUAUAGUAUCAAGCUAUACUUAAUCUAUUUUUAUUAUUUUGCAUUAAAAAGUAAAACAAA